AUGAAUUCCCCAGAAAUUAUUUGCAUAGCUGAACCUAUGUUGGAGGUGCAGAAAUUUCCAAAGAGGUUUUUCAAUAAUCUUGAUUUUGAAGCGGAUUUUAUUCAUAAUGAUAGGCAGGAUAAGGUUCCAAAUCUGUGGGUGGUUUGGAGAAGGAGUAUGCCUAAGCUGCAAGGUGUCUCUUGCUCUGAUCAACAUAUUACUUUACGUGUGCAGUGGCAGUCGAACAUCUUCAUUGUGUCUUUUAUUCAUGCUAAUUGCUUCAGGGCAGCAAGGAGAGACUUGUGGAGUAAUUUGGCGGCAUCAAACCCAGGUCAAGGCACCCCCUGGCUGGUGACUGGAGACUUUAAUGCUACGCUGCAUGCUCAUGAAAAAAGAGGUCCAGGAUCUUUUAAUCUAGGCUCUGCGGCAGAUUUUGGGGCAUUGGUGGAUAGCUGCUCCCUUAUUCAGAUUCCUUCACAGGGUCGAAAGUAUACUUGGACCAAUAAUAGAAGAAGAGGUAAUGUUGUGGCAGUUCUGGAUAGAAGUUUCUGCACAGAUGCUUGGAUUUCAGAGUUUCAGGAUUGCCACCAAAAGGUGCUAUCUAAUUGUGCAUCUGACCAUUCUCCCCUGUUGGUGGUGUCAGAAGCAUCGGUGAAGCCCUCUAAUUGUCCUUUCAGGUUUCAGAGGUCUUGGAUUGAUCACGAAAAUUUCCUAAAAAUUGUGAAAGAAUCCUGGGAUGAAUGGAUUUCUAGAUCGGCUCUCUAUAUCUUCAGUCAAAAAAUUAAAAGACUGAAAAUUGUGAUUAAGGAGUGGGCUAGGGAAACAUUCCCCAAUGUGAAUUUGGAAAAGGAGGAGGCGCUAAAGGGGUUGGAAGAGAUUCAAAAGGAGAUAGAGGAGAUUGGUAUGAACGAUCAAAAUUUUGCUCGUGAAGCUGAUGCAAAAACUAGGUACUUGAAGGCGAUGGAGGGAUAUGAAAAAUUCUGGGCUGAAAAAGCUCGGAUUAGAUGGAGAACUCAGGGAGAUAGAAGCUCGAAAUUCUUUCAUAUGGCUGUGAAGGUGAGAAGAAUGAAAAAUAACAUUAGAAAUCUGAAAACUGAUUCCGGUCAGAUCAUCACUGAGAAGAUGCAGAUGGAGGGUUUUACUAAGAGCUAUUAUGAAAAUUUAAAAAAAAAAUCGGCUACUAUUGACCACAUGGAAAUGCUAGACUGUAUUCCGAAGGUUUUGACGGACAUUGAUAGAUGGAGGAUGGACGCGAUGCCAUCCAAUGAUGAGAUUAAAAGGGCGGUUUGGGACCUUGAUCUGGAAAGCUCUCCAGGUCCAGACGGUUUUCCUGGUAUGUUCUAUAAAUCUUGCUGGGUCAUAAUUUCUAAUGAUAUUUGUAAUGCUAUUAGGGGCUUCUUCAGUAAAAGCCGAAUGCCUUAUGGUCUGAAUAGCAAUUUUUUGGUGUUAAUCCCGAAGAUCGAAGGGGCAAAUGCUUUAGAUAAGUUUAGCCCUCUAUGCAUGGGCAAUUUUUUUUGUAAAAUUGUCUCUAAAAUAAUGGCUUUAAGACUUUCAGAGGUGAUGCCUCGGCUCAUUUCGGAGGAGCAAGGAGCAUUCCAGAAGGGAAAAAUCAUUCACUCCAAUAUUACCCUUGCCUCUGAGUUAUCUAAUAUGAUGUUCUCUGCGACUAGAGGGGGUGGCAUGGGGGUGAAGAUAGAUAUUCAGAAGGCUUACGAUACAAUUGACUGGGAUUUCAUUUUUCAUGUAUUGAGAAAGUUUGGGUUUUCAGAGACCUGGAUUCGAUGGGUCUCUGUAAUUUUCAAUGGUGGUUAG